CUGCAGCCUCUGAGCCUCUUGUGAUCCUCACACCAGCAGCAGCAAGCAAGGAGUGGUGUGCAAAUUGUGCAACAUGCAGAUGGCAUCUGUGCCUUCUACCCCCUGCAUAGGACACAACUGGGGAUUUUUCUGGAGGACACCCAGAAGCAAGAAGGUAGAAGAGGUGGCAUUGUGCUAGAAGGAGUCUAGGAGGAUUCCCAUUGUUACUGGAAUAUAUUCAUUUUGUUGUUUCUGAGGUCGAUUUGCUGGACAGAUUGGGGAGAAAGGACAAGCUACUGGAUAGUGGUGCUGGAUCACUGAUUUCCUUGAUAUUUUGGGGGCUGGUGGGCACAAGGUGGCCUUUGCAGGAUCUGCCUAUCAUGGGGAACGCAGGGAGCAUGGAUUCCAACCAGACUGAUUUUAGGGCACAUAACAUGCCCCUGAAACUGCCCAUGCCAGAGCCAGGUGAACUGGAGGAGAGAUUUGCCAUUGUCUUGAAUGCUAUGAAUUUACCACCGGACAAAGCCAGGUUACUGCGUCAGUAUGACAACGAGAAAAAAUGGGAGCUCAUCUGCGAUCAGGAAAGGUUUCAAGUUAAGAAUCCACCACAUACGUAUAUCCAGAAGCUGAGAGGAUACCUGGAUCCUGCAGUGACCAGAAAGAAAUUUAGAAGGCGAGUACAAGAGUCGACUCAAGUGUUACGAGAACUGGAAAUAUCAUUGCGGACAAACCACAUAGGGUGGGUGAGAGAAUUCCUGAAUGAAGAAAAUAAAGGUCUGGACGUUUUAGUGGAAUACUUAUCUUUUGCACAAUACGCAGUCACAUUUGACUUUGAGAGCUUAGAAAAUAACAUGGAGAACAGUGUGGAUAAAUCUAAACCAUGGAGUCGAUCCAUUGAGGAUUUACAUAGAGGAGGCAACCUACCGUCUCCUGUGGGCAACAGCAUUACUCGGUCCAGUAGACAUUCCACACUUCGGUAUAACACUCUGCCAAGCAGACGGACCCUGAAAAACUCCAGAUUAGUUUGUAAAAAAGAUGACGUCCAUGUUUGUAUCAUGUGUUUACGAGCUAUAAUGAAUUACCAGUACGGUUUCAAUAUGGUUAUGUCCCAUCCACAUGCUGUGAAUGAGAUUGCACUAAGUCUGAACAAUAAAAACCCCAGAACAAAAGCACUUGUAUUAGAACUUCUGGCAGCCGUAUGCCUCGUCCGUGGAGGGCAUGAAAUAAUUUUAGCAGCGUUCGAUAACUUCAAGGAGGUUUGUGGCGAAAAACAGCGUUUUGAAAAGCUCAUGGAGCAUUUCAGGAACGAAGACAACAACAUAGAUUUUAUGGUGGCAUGCAUGCAGUUUAUUAACAUUGUAGUCCAUUCAGUAGAAGACAUGAAUUUCAGAGUUCAUCUUCAGUUUGAAUUUACCAAAUUAGCCCUGGAUGAAUACUUGGAUAAACUGAAGCACACAGAAAGCGACAAGCUACAAGUUCAGAUCCAAGCUUAUCUAGAUAAUGUGUUUGAUGUGGGAGCUCUUCUGGAGGAUGCCGAGACCAAAAAUGCAGCCUUGGAAAGAGUCGAAGAACUGGAAGAAAAUAUUUCUCACUUGUCUGAAAAGCUGCAAGACACAGAAAAUGAAGCUAUGUCAAAAAUCGUAGAACUGGAAAAGCAGCUUAUGCAGAGACAUAAAGAACUGGAACUGGCGAGAGAAGUUUGUAAAGAUGCCAAUACACAGGUGAACACAUUAAGAAAAAUGGUUAAGGAGAAGGAGGAAGCAAUACAGAGACAGUCUACUCUGGAGAGGAAGAUCCAUGAAUUAGAAAAGCAAGGCACAAUAAAAAUCCAAAAGAAGGGGGAUGGAGAUAUUUCCAUUAUGCCACUGGUAACCUCAGGAACUGUGCCGCCAGGUACAGAGGUGACGUCUGGAACAGCUUCUGGUGUUAAUAUCUCAGUUUGUGGACUUCCGGCACCAGGCGGUGCUUCGAGUACGUCAGGAGUUCCCGAAGGUGUAUCUUCAGGCACUCUGCCGCCACCUCCACCUCCAUUACCUUCUGGAUCUGGGACAGUGCAAAAUGGUCCCAGUUCAACACCACCCCAGCCACCACCGCCUCCACCACCUCCACCUCCUCCACCCCCACCUCCUCUUCCAGGUCCAACUGCAGAGCCCCCAAUUCCUCCACCCCCUCCUCCGCCAGGUGCUCCCCCUCUCCCAGGAACAGCUUCACCCACGGUCAUCUUCAACUCAGGACUUGCAGCCGUGAAAAUUAAGAAGCCGAUCAAGACGAAAUUCCGAAUGCCGGUGUUCAACUGGGUCGCCUUGAAGCCCAACCAGAUCAACGGAACCGUGUUUAACGAAAUCGACGAUGAAAGGAUAUUGGAGGAUUUAAAUGUUGAUGAAUUUGAAGAGAUUUUCAAGACAAAAGCCCAAGGACCAUCUAUUGACGUCUCUUCCACCAAGCAAAAGGUCGCGCCCAAAGGGUCUAAUAAAGUGACGCUACUGGAAGCAAACAGAGCAAAAAAUCUCGCCAUCACCCUGAGAAAAGCUGGCAAGACGGCGGACGAGAUCUGCAGAGCUAUUCAGCUAUUUGAUCUGAAAACUUUGCCGGUGGAUUUUGUUGAGUGUUUAAUGAGGUUUAUGCCUACGGAGGGUGAAGUGAAAGUCCUGAGGCAAUAUGAGCGAGAGAAGAAACCUCUGGACAAUUUGACCGAUGAAGACCGAUUUAUGCUCCAGUUUAGCAAGAUAGAAAGAUUGAUGCAAAAAAUGACCAUUAUGGCAUUCAUCGGGAACUUCUCAGAGAGCGUUCAGAUGUUGACACCACAACUUCAUGCAAUAAUCGCUGCGUCGGUUUCAAUUAAGUCAUCUCAAAAGCUGAAGAAAAUACUGGAGAUAAUAUUGGCCCUCGGAAACUACAUGAACAGCAGUAAGCGGGGUGCUGUCUACGGAUUUAAGCUUCAGAGUCUGGACUUGCUUUUGGAUACCAAGUCCACGGACAGAAAACAAACGCUCUUGCACUAUAUUUCCAACGUAGUACGAGAAAAAUAUUCACAAGUAGCACUUUUCUACAACGAGCUUCAUUACGUGGAGAAAGCCGCAGCAGUUUCUCUGGAAAAUGUCCUCUUGGAUGUAAAGGAGUUGCAGAGAGGAAUGGACCUGACGAAACGGGAAUUCACAAUGCACGACCACAAUAUCAUGUUGAAAGAAUUCAUUCAAAAUAAUGAAGGGAGGCUCAAAAAAUUGCAAGACGAUGCAAAAAUUUCCCAGGAUGCCUUUGAUGAUGCAGUGAAGUAUUUUGGCGAAAAUCCCAAAACCACUCCACCAUCAGUUUUCUUUCCAGUUUUCGUCAGAUUUGUGAAAGCUUAUAAGGCAGCCGACGAGGAGAACGAGCAGAGGAAAAAACAGGAGCAAGCUCUAAUGGAAAAACUCCUUGAACAAGAGGCCAUGAUGGAGCAACAGGACCAAAAGUCCCCUUCACAUAAAUCCAAGAGGCAGCAGCAAGAGUUAAUUGCGGAACUAAGAAGGCGACAAGUUAAAGAUAACCGGCAUGUCUACGAGGGGAAGGAUGGAGCCAUCGAAGACAUUAUCACAGCCCUAAAGAAGAAUAAUAUCACUAAAUUUCCAAAUGUUCACUCGAGGGUAAGGAAUUCUUCUAGCACACCGGUGGUGGAGGAUACACAGAGCUGGCAAGCAUCAUUUUUUACUUGGUUUCCUCCUCUCUCUGUAUUCGCCAGACCAGCAACUAAUACAAAAUUUCAAAUUAUUGAUAGUGUCCAAGGCGCCUGAUUAAGCCAUCUGCCCCAUUAGGUAAACAGUGGGACGCAUAUAAAUGCACUAUUCACUCCUCGAGCACUCAAAUGGUUAAAAGUUUUCACCUAACAGCAAUAAAAUCAA